AAAUGUUUAUGUUUCGAUUUUGUGAUGUAAUUGUAGUUUUGAUGCUGUGAUGGUUAAGACGAGCAAGUUUUAGCUUAGAAUUGAUGAGAGUAUUAGGUCCUAAGAUUCCUUCUGUAUCAUUUAAAAAAAAAAUAAAAAUUGAUGGGUUUAUUUUGUUUGUAUGAGUUCAAAAGGAGUGAUUUUGGAUGCAAACGGUGCCUAUUUUGAUCGUAGAAUAAUUUCUCUAAUUUGUUUGUUAUUGAGUUGCUUGCUAUAGUAUCUGAGAUGUAGAGAAGCUACUCUGUUUGAUUCUUCUAAAUGUAAGAGCUUAAUUUCCUUAACCAAAGAAUUUGGAUGCAUUUGAGCUUCGGUGUUACUCUCGAACAAUUUGGUUUCCUUUCAAGUGUUAUCAAUGGAUUGAGUGAAUUGUUUGAAAAUAAUGGAUAAUAAUAAUAAUAAGUAGCUAAGAACAGCGAUUCAACAUUACGUAUUAUAUUGUAUUGUAGCACAUUAUUUUCAUGGUUUUAACUACAAAUCGGAAGGUGAGGGUUCGGGGGGGACUUCUAAAUUGCGACAUGAACCUGAUCUGUGACCAAGUUUACCAUAGAGACAAAAUGUGAAAAAAAAAAACCUCAGUAAGGUUGCAGUGAAUUCCUUAACGACCAUUGCUUUUCAUACUCUUUAACUCCAAAUUUCACUGUCAUAUUGUUUUUCCUCGGCUGUUUUACUAUUAGUUUGUGCAAAUCCAGAAGCUUUCGUCGAAGUCACAGUUUUGUCGAGCCUUCAUACUAUCACAGUGGAAUAUAAUGGAUAUCAUAUCUCAGCUACAAGAACAGGUAAAUACCAUCGCCAUGCUCUCCCUAAACACCUUUGGAACACUCCAACGAGAUGCCCCACCGGUCCGACUAUCACCAGAUUAUCCCGAACCGCCAGCCACUAAUCCCUCUGAGGAGGCGGUGAAUGUCGCUGAGCAAUCCAAAGCGAUGAGUGCAGCUCUGGUCCAGGCUGCGAAGAAGUUUGACAUGCUGGUUGCUGCAUUGCCAUUGUCGGGAGAGGAUGCUCAGUUGAAAAGAAUUGCCGAGCUCCAAGCAGAGAAUGAAGCUGUGGGCCUGGAACUUGAAAAGCAAUUGGAGGCUGCAGAACUGGAACUAAAGAUGGUUCAGGAGCUGUUCAACCAAGCAGCUGACAACUGCUUAAACUUGAAGAAACCGGAUUGAUCUUUUCAGCUGUCGAAGAAACUGAAGUGGGAGAGGUUGACUCGGUUCGUAUUAUCUUCGAAAUCGCAGCCUGUUUAGAGAGCCCUGGAGAAGCCAUGUAAUGUUAGUGAGAUCCUAGCACUGGGCAUGAGAGAAGCCCUGUUGAGAUAACACAUACGAUCUUCUUGUAUUUAUCUCUCAAUUUUAUAUCCCUCUUGAAUUAAUCAGCUGGAUGGAUGAAAAUAGUGGGGUGGUUUUGUACAGUUUGGUGAAACGCAUUGGUUCCUUCAUUGUCUAAUUUGUUUUUUGGAUCA